UCUCAUCGAGGGUUUUGCAUUAAAGCCCUACUCCACUCCAGUCAUUUUCUCUAUGCUUUUCUCAUUCUAGAGUUGUAGAAAACCACUCUCACUCCUCACCACCAUGGAUUCAUAUGAAGCAACAAAGAUAGUCUUCUCAAGGAUACAAAGUUUAGAUCCAGAAAACGCCUCAAAAAUCAUGGGUUACAUAUUCAUACAAGACCCUGGAGAGAAAGAGAUGAUUCGCUUAGCCUUUGGACCAGAGUCUCUCCUGAUAUCUCUCAUCAAUCAAGCCAAAACCCACUUGGGAAUUUCAUCGAACACUUCAUCUACACCCUCCACACCUUCCUCUCCUUCGCCUUUCAACAACCCCAUGUCGAACCCCAACAACAACAGACCCACUCACCAAUUGCCUCAUUCUUCGCCUCGAGUCAUCGUCCCCAACAAUGGGUUUCACAUCAACCCCCCUUCGCCUUCUUCGCCGUGGUCUGUUUCUGGGUUUUCCGAUCACCGAAGCCCCAGCAAUCAGAUGAGUCCCAGACCUCCUUCUUCUCUCUCCUACGCUGCUGUUGUCAAUGGAACCAGUAAUGGCGGUUCUGGUUCGUUUUCACUACCACCGUUUUAUAGUAACAGUAAUAGUAGCGAUUUGAACGAUGAGUUCAACAUUCAAGUGCGAGAUCAACUAGAUUUUGUUGUUGAUCCGAUAAUGAGUCCGAGUGGUCGGAGCGAUUCGAUUCUCUUCCCUUAUGCGAACACCGUUGAUUCUGCUAAUUGCGGUAACAACCACCAGCACCACCAUAGGAGGAGUUGUUCAGUGAGUGAUAUGUUUCUUAGUGGGUCUGAAGAUGGAGGAUCUGGUUUUGGGUGGAGACCCUGUAUGUAUUUUGCUAGGGGUUUUUGCAAGAAUGGCAACAAUUGCAAGUUUUUACAUACUGGGUUUUCAGAUUCUACUGAUUCUUCACCUGCCAUUGUUGGUUCGCCGAGCAAGUUUGAUGGGUUUGAUGAGUUAUUGACAAUGAAGGCAAUUCAGCAGCAGAGAUUUGCUGCGGCUUCACAGUUUAUGUCUGGAGGUUCUUUCCCUUAUGACAAAUGCAUGAACAUUAUGAAUAACUCACCAAGAUCUGCGGCAGCGACAUUGAUGAUUGGGGAUGAAUAUCUCAAGUUUGGUCGCUGCCGACCGGAAAGGAAUGAUUUUUCAGCUAUAGGAUUCGGAGGAAAUGCGAAUUCUUGUUCUAGGCAGAUUUAUUUGACAUUUCCAGCUGAUAGUACAUUUAAGGAAGAGGAUGUUGCCAAUUACUUUAGCAAGUUUGGACCAGUGCAAGAUGUGAGGAUUCCAUACCAGCAGAAGCGAAUGUUUGGGUUCGUUACAUUCAUUUACCCGGAGACUGUGAAGAUCAUUUUGGCCAAAGGGAACCCUCAUUUCGUUUGUGAUUCACGUGUGCUCGUUAAGCCGUACAAGGAGAAGGGAAAAAUCCUUGACAAGAAGCAACAGCACCAUCAGUUGGAGAGAGGAGAAUUUUCAUCGUGUUUAAGUCCGUCUGGGAUUGACUCUGGAGAGCCCUACGAUCUCCCCAUUGGACCAAGUAUGUUUUACAAUACUCCAGAGAUAAUGUUGAGAAGGAAAUUAGAGGAACAGGCUGAAUUGCAGCAAGCUAUUGAGCUCCACGAAAGACGACUUAUGAAUUUGCAAAUUAUGGACUUGAAGAAUCAUCAUCAGAGUCAUCAAUUCCAGACGAACAUGGUGCCUAACGUUCCCAUUGCCUCUCCUGCUCACCUCCAUAUUAAUCAGAGUCUAGCGUUUCGAUCUGAUGGUGUUAAUCAGGAAGCCUCAGAAGAGAAUUAUAGUAGCCCAGCUGCAUCCAAUUCUCUAACUGUUGCCACUGAACAGCAGGAGCAACAUCAACAGCAAGACGCAAAAGAAGCUUGUAAUAACAGCAAUGCCCAUGACAGUGGCAACAGCAAGGAGCAAUGCUCCAACCUUGAAGAUGCUAAUCUCCAUGAAAGUUUAGAGCACAUCCUCCCUGAUAACCUCUUUGCUUCUCCUACAAAAUCAGCCGGUGAACACUAUUCUAUCUUCACUGCUUCACCAGAAGCCGAUGAUAGCACCUUAGUAACAACUACAUCAUCUAACAACAUCCCAAUGCUGCCCGCCACUUCCACCCUCAAUAUGGCUUCUCUGUUAUCAUGUUCUUUCCAAAUGCCAAGGUUUUCUUCUGGGCAAGAAGCCAUUGAAAUGUAGGUGAUAGGGGUGACCAUGAUCAGCAUGUUGGGCGUUGACUUUAGCUUGGAAAAGUUGAGUAGAGCAUAUAGAAGGAAGAAAAAGUCAUCUAGCUGUAUAGCCAAACCAUACCAUCAACAAAAAAGAAAAAGAUCUGUAAGGAAGAUCUCCUCAAGAUUAUUGUCAUCAUCAAUACCAUACUCUAGUUACAACUAUACAUAAUGCAUACAUAAAGGACAGAUGAACUAAUUUAUGGGAGUGGGGUCUGUCUUUAUUUUUGUACCCUCUGUAGUUGUAGUUGUAGUUGUAGUUGUAGUUGUGUGCUGGACCACACACAGUGCAAUAUAUAUAGCAUAACAAAACAGUUGCUAGUAACUCUUGUUAUAUUGUUAAUUUACCUUUUUUUUUUUCAAACAUUUAUUAUAUAUAUAUAUAUUGUUUAUUAUCGAUA